GUCCAUAAUCCAAAAUCUUUAAUACAUGAAAUGGGUUUCUCUCCCAGGACGCAGGAGCAGGCCUUCCUUUGCUUUCCAUGGCUUUUACUUCAGCUACCCCCAGAUUUCUGCGUCCCUAUCCCACUUACUCCACAGGAAUCCUUCGAAAACCAGUGAUUCCAUUUGUGAAAACCCAUAUGCAGACAUCAGUCUCAUUCAAUGGCAUUCAAUCCUCACAGAAAAUCCCCAAUGACCGACCAAUGUUAUUGCCAAUUAGGGCUAUAGGCCCCCAAUCUUGGUCGUUCUCCGUUGGUCCCGACAAUAUUCACUCUUGCCGUCAAAUUAAGGUCGUCAGCAUUUUGCAUCAGCUAUUUUCGCUCGGAAUCAUUCUGGCGAUGGAUAAAUUUUUGGAACGGGUUUUUAAAGCCGCAACUAUCAAGUUUCCAAGUGCCCUCUUCGGGAUGUUCUGUGUGUUUUCCAUUCUGAUGAUUCUUGAUUCUGUAGUCCCUUCUGCCGCAACAAGUAUGAUGAACUUCUUCGAGCCAGCAAAUAUGUUUAUUCAGAGGUGGCUUGCAAUGUUUUAUGUUCCUUUUUUUGUGGUUUUGCCUCUGGCUGUGAAAGAUAUCCCUGCGGCUUCAGGGGUCAAGAUCGGUUUCGUCAUAGUUGGAGGUUGGCUGGCUUCACUUUCUGUUGCUGGUUACACAGCAAUAACAGUAAGAAAUAUUGUAAGGACAAAAAUGAGAGCUGUCGAACCUAUGCCAAAGCCUUCCCCAUUCUCAAAAUUUGAAGUGUGGACUUGGACUGGAAUUUUCCUUGCAUCAUUUAUUUUGGCAUUGCUAUAUCCAACAGCACUUGGGACAAAUGCAAGAACAUGCCUGCCUUUCCUACUUGCAGCUACUUUGUUGGGUUUCAUGGUUGGUUCUGGGUUGCCCUCUGAUAUCAAGAAGUUGUUCCACCCAAUAAUUUGUUGUGCUCUGUCAGCAGAUUUGGCAGCAGUAGCUUUUGGGUAUUUAUCGAAGUCUGGAGUGGAUGUUGUUCUAGGAUAUUACCUCACGAAAGUUUCAUCUAAUCCUGGAGCUGGUGACAUUCUGCUGGGAUUUUUGGGAUCUGUUAUUAUUUCUUUUGCCUUUUCAAUAUUCAAACAGAGAAAGCUUGUCAAGAGGCAUGGAACAGAGAUUUUCUCAUCUGUGAUCAUCUCCACAUUAUUCUCAUUGUAUUCAACUGUACUCAUAGGGCGUCUUGUUGGCCUAGAACCUACUUUGACUGUAUCGAUAUUGCCUAGAUGUAUAACAGUUGCAUUAGCCCUCAGCAUUGUCUCCUUUUUUGAAGGUGUCAAUGCAUCUCUCACAGCUACUGCAGUUGUUUUAUCUGGUCUUGUGGGUGCAAAUUUUGUACAAAUAAUGCUUGACAAACUUCGUUUGAAUGAUCCUAUAGCUCGAGGAAUUGCUACUGCAUCUAGUGCUCAUGGAUUGGGAACAGCAGCAUUAUCAGCAAAGGAGCCUGAAGCCCUCCCUUUUUGUGCAAUUACUUAUGCUCUAACUGGUAUAUUUGGCUCAUUAAUUUGUUCAGUUCCAGCAGUCAGGUACAGCCUGCUUCUCAUAGCAGGAUAAAGUUAUUUGCUAGUUUCAACAAUUAUAUUUGGGCCAUCAAUAUGAGUACUCUUACCCUCAAAUAGUUUUUCAAAUUUUGGGAAAGAUUUGUUUUCUAUCAUAUAGCCCCCCACUAGCUUGCUGUACAGACUCUGUAUCUUCACUCUAGGGCUCUAGGCCCAUCCAUGUAAACAAUAUUACUGUUCUCUAGCAAAAUAUUGUGAUUUUAUAUUGAUCACAAAGCAACUUUUUGGUUAUUUCAAAGGGAGAUUCUUUAUACAGAAACUUGCUGGUCUAUUUUCCUUUUUCUUUCGAGGUUGCAGUAAAAUAAUAUGGAAAUAUCAGAAAGAAAGUUACAGAAUAUCUAAUUCAAAUUCAGGAA